UCCGUAAAUGUAUGAUUCUUAUGAAGCGGACACCUUAUUUUCCAUUAAACUUUAAAAGAAAAGCCGAACCCGAAUGGGAGUAAUACCGAAAGCAAAAUCACAGUUUCUUUAUCAAAUUUGACAAUCACACUGUUGUUUAAUCGUUUCCUAAAUUUUAUAUAUCAUCCAGCGAUGAGCGAACUUGACCACCACACUCCCGAGGAGCCGGCUUCGACCAUUGAGUCGAUAGUGGGCACUAUGUUCAGCCGGCUGCGAAUCAUCGCUGUGGACAUGGAAAAGCUGCAGAAGGCCAAGGAGAAACUGGAACAUAUGCAGCGGCGGAACACCUUCUUCCACCUUUUGGGUCAGGAUGACGACGGCAGCAUUUAUCGGGCCGGAAGCGACAUGCAGGUCCUCCGCUCAAAGUAUUCCCUCAUCUCGGAGGUCAACAAGAAAUCCGACGAAGUCUCCGAGGAGGAUGUCGAUUUCGAGGAUCUAAGCGAGGACCUGUGCCUAUUACCUUUUGAGGAGGAUCGCUGGCAUGGCUACUUCAAAGGCUUCCAGGUAUUAACCACUCCACAGGCUCCCGAUCCAAACGAAAACAGCAAAUGUAUCGAACUUACGGCGAUGUUGAACUGCGAACAAGAACUCAAAAGUUGUCUACUAAACGGAGUCCGCUGCUUUCUGAUCGAUCUUUCCGUGGGCACCCAGCACGACAACCAGAGCCUGAUCGUGAAGCUGCGUGAGGCGGAGAUUAGUGUGUCCAAGGAGCUGGGCUUCCCGGUGGCGUCCUCGGUCAUGGCAAAGCUAUCGCCGCGCCACCAGUUCACCGGCGGCUUCAGCACCCAGUUCCGCCAGGAUGGCAAGACGUCCGUCGACCUGGAGCAGGGCAAGCAGAUAGUCUUGUCCGUGGAUCGGGACUACUCCGACCGGUGCAACGAGGAUGUGGUCUAUGUGAACGCUCGCUUCCUGAUUCCCGAUGUGCAGCAGUUCGACUUCAUCCUGGUUGGCGAGGAGAUCCAGCUGAUGGUGCGGAGCGUCCACGCGGACCACCUCAAGUGCUGUGUGGCCCGGGGCGGAGUGCUGUUCGCCCACAUGCCCGUGCUGUUCCCGGCCAGGUGCCGCCGCUUCCGGAUCUCGUACGAGGAGCUGGAGGACCUGACCUUCGCCCGCGAGGUGGGCCUGAACGUGGUGGUGUCGCACAUUGUGGGCACCUCGCAGUACCUCGAUGACUUGGAGCACGCGAUGGCCGUCAUGCACUGCGAUGGCAUGCGGCUGUACGCCAGAGUGGUUCUCAACGAGAUCCGGGGAUGCAAGGGGGAGCUGAACUGGGCCACCAAACGCUACGAUGGCUUUCUGGUGGAACUGGCCGAGCCGGCGAUCAUGCCGGACAUCAUGCACCUCUGUCCCGACGCCGAGUGCUUCAUGCAGCUGGCCCACGCCUCGAAGAAGCCCAUCAUCUUCGAUCCGCGGCUGAUAGACGAGCAGAAGCUCCGGGUGGACCCGGCGCACUACUACUACACGUUCUUCUAUCCGGACAAGUACGUGGUCUCCUGGUCUCCCCAGCCGAAAGUGACCGGCUACUUCCGCUUCCUGCAGAGCGCCAUCUUCCAGCAGAUCUGUCCCCAGGCGCUGGCAGUCACUCCCUACUGUGAUCGCUCCCACACGGGAGCGGACAGCCUGGCGCGGGCCGUGGCCACCGCCUCCCUGGAGAUCCGUGCGGUGUCGAUCGUCGUGAUCGGGGUCACCACCCGGAUGGUGCAGAAGAUCGCCCACUUCCGGCCGCAGGCUCCCAUCCUCUUCGUCAGCCACAUGCGCUCCGCCGAGGACUACGUUUCGAUGUACCACAAUGUGACUAUGCUCCCGUUCCGCUCCAAAUGCCUAGUUGGGCACCGCAGGAACGUCUUCCGAAAGGCCAUCUACGGCUUGGCCUACUUGGUCACGCGCAAGCUCGCCCAGCAGAACGAUCCGGUGAUCCUGGUGUACAACCACGAGGAGGGCACCUCGUUCCCCGAGAAGUAUGUCGUCUACAAGCUGGACAAGACACACUUUGCCUCGCACAUGGCCGAGAUUCUUUUCACUGUGGACCACGACCAGAAGGCUCAGACCCUCAAGGACAUUGAGGCCAUUUAGAUGCCAU